GUCAUAAUAUCCUGCGUCAAUCCCUACUAUUAAAAGAUUAAUAAGUUAAAAAGAUAAAAUAUGGCCGCAGUUGAAGGAAAAUCCACCGUUGGUGAUUCCCAAUUAACGGGAGACACUAGUGAAUUCGAAAGCACGAUGGGUUAUGAAUACGGUUUUGAUGAGUACGAAGGAGAAGAAAUGGAGGAGCAAGAACAUGUUUUUUCAAUUUUUGAUGUAUUAGACGCACCGAGGAUUUUACCAGAACCAAUACAAUUAGACGAAAGUCAUCUUGACCAACUCAGCAAAGAGUUGGGUUUAAUUCGAUUUUGUUGGCCUGAUAUUAAAGAUCCAGUUUUUGAAGAUCGAAUUAAUUUCCCGGAGAGUUAUCUCAAAAAUAGCGAAAAAGAGAAAUUAUUACUUUAUUAUGCUGAGUCGUUCCGGAGACAAUUCCAUAACGUGUAUCCUUUACGGAAACCUCUUCUUUUAUCAGCCGAAAAUGAGUGUGGAAUGCAGAAAAUGGUUUGUACGACAAUUACCCCGACUAUGCUACCUUACAACGAGACGGACGAUUGGGAAAAGUGCUCAUCUUUCGUUGGUGACCACUUGAUAUACGAAGCCCUGGAAGCACCAACCCUGAUCCCACCUCGACUAUUCUCUCCACACACAGUUUUCCUUCGAAAAUCAGGAUCAUCUUUCGACAUAGCAACUGCUUUAUGCUCCCUACUUAUUGGUUUAAAUUACGAUGCAUACGUAGUUUCCGGUUAUGCAAAACGCGAUGUAACCUUAAAAAUAACGAUGAGGGUCGAUUCACCAUACCCUGAGAUUGUGGAAAAAGUGGAAGAAGUCGUAGAGGAAGUAACUGACACUAAGUAUGUUUUGAAACCGCCUCGUGAUCUUCGAAGUAAAUUUCUUUUGAUGAUGGAACAACGGGAAAUUGAUAAAGCAAACGAAGAGAAACGAUUGAUUGAAGAAGAAAAACAAAGACAAAUUGAAGAGCAGGAACAACCACCGUACGAUGAGCUCCACGGAUUUAGGGUUCACGCUUGGGUUUUGAUCCAACCUGGAAAAAGAGAAAUCGAAGAACCGUUUUUUAUUGAACCGAGCACUGGUAUACGCCACGAGACUAAUUCGCCUCUUUAUUGCGGAAUCGAAAGCGUUUGGAACAACGAAAACUAUUGGAUCAACAUGCAGGAUUGCUCCACAGGAACGGAAGAAAUGAGUUUUGAUCUCACAAUUGUCAAAAAUUGGGAGCAUUUACUCGUUGCUGAACCUCACUACACAAGAGUAUCUCAAUUUAGUGCUGAUAUGGAGGACGAAGAAGUUCAAAUACAAACUUUGUAUCAAGAGAAACAUCUUGAUAUGCCAGCACCUUGGGGUAGCAAAAUUAAUAUACCCCAUGAAGUUAUACAAACAAGAUAUCCAGGUGGAAAGAGAACAAUGUGGUAUAAACGAGUCAUCGUCGAUGAAUUUGCUCCUUACAUUAUGUUUGAUGGCACGGUACAAAGAGUUUCAAGAUAUCACGACUUAGAAUGUUCUCCAAGUCAAUUGUAUGUGAUGGAAGAAAGAUUUUAUAACAGACACGAUAAAAUGUUGAGAAGACUUAAUUAUCCCAGCACAGCAGGAAGAGAUGUUUAUUUUUUGAAGGGACGCGAAGAUGCAAUCAAAAGACAUAUUUAUAAUAAUAUUGAUAAUAAGUUAGAAUCACCACGGGUUAUUGAAUAUUAUAGUGAAAACCGUUUUGAUUCUAUGUCCAAAAUCGAACUGGAUCCUUUGUUUAUGAUCGAACAUUACGAAGGGAGAGAGGAUAAACUCACUUAUCGUCAUGUAGUAUACGCUAAAAGAGGACAACCACCAGUUGGAUUUAUAGAAGGCCCAAGAAGAAUCAUAACAUUCAUAACUGAAAAAUUUGAUAGAGAUUCCACAAAAGAGGCAUCUGAUGAUAUCGCGUGCAGAGAAUUUGAUAUAUUAGCAAAAGAAAUUCGAUUAAAAUAUCAUUAUGGCGAAGGUAAAGUGACAGCUUCGACAAGAAUAUUUAUAAAACCUCCCAUGGCUGAAAUGGCGGAUCGAUUAACGUUUGAUCCGGCGUUAACAAGUGGUUAUCAAGCGGAAAUUGGAGCCCCACCCCCGCGACAACUUACCCUAUUCAAAUUAUUACAACAGCAAAUAAACGCUGAAACAGAGGCGUUGAGACAAGUUCGAGAAACUGAAGAUUUAAUCUCGGAAUGGUUGAAACUUCGCGCAUAUGAAAGAGCCGUGCCGAAAUUGGAUGUUUCAUUAUUUAACAGGGAGCAAAACGUUGAGUAUAGAAAGGGAAUGUUAGAAAGAGAGUUGAAGAAAAAAGAAAGCCGCGAGAAAGAGGUUGAGGAAGAAAUCGAUUUCUUGGGAAUGUAUUUGGUUAAAGCUCACGCUCCUAAAGGAAAAAUUUUAAAUAGAAACAAAGCGUUCCAAAUCGAACAACAAUGCUUGAAUGAUUUCAAAAAAUUAAUGGUUGAUAGAGCUAUGGAUAUUCAACAUCAAUUUGAAAGAACAUCUAAUACACUGCAACAAAAACAGCAAUGGUACAGUGAUAAUUUAGACAAUGUGAGCUUAUUAGAAGAAGAAACUUACUUUAAAGAAAUGAAUGAUCUUAGAUUUUGGCAACACACCUUACAAAUUCGCCUCGUACGUUUACGCGAUUUAUCCGGACAACGAUACGAAGCUGUAGUUAAUUAUUUACAUCAACACAAAGCUCUUUACGCUUUAUAUCAUCAAUCUGAACAUCACCAUCACCACCAUCAUCAUCAUCAUUAAUAUUCCUUAUUUUAU